AUGACAACUUUUACCACUACAGAUAUAACGGAGCUGCCGAUUGAAGUUCACCAUGUGGACCGAAUCGCAGAAAGCAAUGGGAGCAUCAAGCCAUUCAAAGCACCUCCCGGCGACGCCAUAACCAUCCUCUCCUACUCCCCAGACUUCGACGCCAUAAUCGGCCCCUCACCAACCCAAUCCCUCCUCCUCUCCACCACCACCAGUUCCAAAAACCCCUUCUUCCACGAAGCAUGCGUCUACCUCCCCGCCCACAACGAACUCUACAUAACCUCCAACCUGCUCCAAUCCUCCUCUACCUCCACCUACCCCACCAUCCUCAUCUCGCGCCUCAAACUCACACGCGCCCCGUCCUCAAACACCAUAACCAGUCUCGAAUGGGCGAAACUGCGUCCGCCGCAGGGAAUCGACAUGCCCAACGGUGGCGUAAACUACAAAGACGGGCUCCUCCUCUGCGCGCAAGGCUCGCCCGCGCCAGGUACCGGCGGGAUCUACUAUAUGCCGCGCAACGCGCCGCCGAAGGCGCUCGUGACGAACUGGCACGGCCGCGAUUUUAAUAGCGUGAAUGAUGUGGUGGUGUCGAAGCGCGAUGGCAGUAUCUGGUUUACGGACCCGUGUUAUGGGUAUGAGCAGGGGUUUCGGAGGAGGCCGGAGCUGCCGAAUCAGGUGUAUAGGUUUGAGCCGGAUACUGGGGAGUUGAGGGUUGUGGCGGGCGAGUUUGAAAGGUGUAAUGGCAUUUGUUUUGCGCCGGGGGAGGAGAGGUGUUAUGUUACUGAUACGGGAAUGUUGUAUGGUGAUGGGGGAAAGGAUUUGCAGCGGCCAGCUACUAUAUACGCCUUUGAUGUUGUUCGCACAUCAUCCCAGCCAUAUCUCACGAACCGACGCACUUUUGCCUACGCCUCGAAUCAUCUUCCAGACGGCAUCAAAUGCGAUACUAAAGGUAAUGUGUAUGCGGGCACGGGAUGUGGUGUUGAGGUGUGGAAUGAUGGCGGUAGUCUUAUUGGGAAGAUUGUCGUACCGGGGAAUCAGGGCGUUGCGAAUUUCUGUUUUGGGGUUGGGGCAGAGCUGUUUUUGUGUGGUGAGCAGAGGCUUUGGAGGGUGCAGUUGGGUGGUGGGAAGGGUAAGGGUAAAGAGGAGGUGGAUGGGAAAGGGGAGUGGGAGGGGGUUAGAGGGGAUUUAUUGGGGUUGUGA